GCGGAGCAACGGCCGCUGUUUCCUGGUGGGGGUUAGUUCGUGUCGGUCUGUUUUUAAACUCCUGUGUUUGCACAUCCUGCCGAUAAAGUCCUAGUAUAUUUACAUUCUGCUGGGAGAAGCGAGCUCCAUGGCGCUGAACUACCAGACGUCCACUCUGUCUCUAACUCUACCUAUUUCGUGCCAGAUAUGCCUCGGGAAGGUCAGGCAGCCGGUGAUCUGCGCCAACCACCACGUGUUCUGUUCGUGCUGCAUGGAGAUGUGGUUGAAGCAGGCGAGCCAGUGUCCCACCUGCAGGGUCCCCAUCACGGCCGAGCAGCCCUGCAGGGAGAUCCUCGGAGGGACAAACGAGGGUGAUCACAGUGAUAGUCCUUCUACGAGGAAAUGUCUCAGGAAAACCAGAGGAGAACUUCUUUUGCGGGAAUAUGAGGAAGAGAUUGAUGUCCUCAUGAGAGAAAAUGAGGACCUGAAAACAAAAAAUCAGAGCCUGGAGGCACAACUGAAGACUGCUCUUCAUCCCUGCAGCAUUAAUACAAUGCAACCAGAUGACAAGAUAGUUUCGUCGUUUGUUGUGGAGGAAUGGAGGAACAAGCUGCAAGCUGCCACUGGUGUUUGUGACAAAAUAAAGCAGGACGUGGAUAAGCUGAGAGAGGCAAAUAAGACCUUGAGAUCUCAAAAUGUUGACCUUGUACAAGAGAAUAUGAGACUGAAAGCAGAGGUGGCAAGUAGAUCGCCUCAGAAGUUUGGGCGAUACACAGUGGCAGCAUUGGAAGCUAAAUGUCAGCAGUACGAGCGUGAUGUGGACCACUUGAAAAGGGCUCUGGAACGCAGUGACCAGUACAUUGAUGACUUAGAGUCACGAAUCAGAAAGCCGGAGAAGAGACACGUUGGACUGCAGGAAGGAUGUGGAAGCAGCAAGGCUGUGGCAGAAACUCUCUCGCAACAACAGAAAAUAAGCAUGAUGAUGAGAAGCUUGAGCGAUGAUGAAAGAAGGUCAAUCUACAGCAAUCCAGAGACAGAGUGUCCAACAUUUUUGAGAAAUCACAGUUUGGCGGCCAUGCCAUCUACAGAUCACAAAGAGCCUGAUACGAAUCUAAUUGGAGAACAGAAAAAAGAGGAUUCAGAAAUCAGCUCACCUGACUUCUUGCCCAGUACCCCAUCCACUGCUUUCCAGUCUCUGACACUAAGGAGUCCCGGCAUCCGUGAGAAGAAAGUUGCAUUUAAACCAGUGUCUUAUCUGAGAAAACUUGAUUUUGAGGAACCCAGUAGUCCUGGAAAGACUAACCCCACCAUGGAGAACAAAUUCUGCAGCCUUGAAAAAUUUCCCAACAGCUUACAAACAGAUGACAUGGACUCUUCAAAGUCUGUCGUCUGGGGUUGUUGGCAGAGAUCAAACUCUAAUGACUCACCGUGUCCAAGUAAAGAGAGGUCGGUUAAGGGAUCCACAUCCACCGAUCUUGUAAGUGGCCAGUCUGAUAGUUUUCAGAUGUCUAGUGAGGCUUCCAUGGAUGCAGCUUAUCUGGACAAAAUUUCUGAAUUAGACUCCAUGAUGCUCGAUGGAGAAAGUUCCAGUAGCAGGGGAUCGCAGCUCUCUGCAUCCUCUCCUCUUAUAGAGUUGGACAACACCCUCGUUCCAGAAAACCCAACCUGCCCUGAUGUCUUGUCAAGCCCUGGUAGUAAAGCUGUGGUCCAAGGCGGGCAAAAGAACCAGCAUCAAUGUGACAACAAAGAAGAAACCUUGAAUGUCAAAGAGGCUCCAAACAGCUCUUCAGGGGAAGGCUUUGCUGCUCAAGUGUUGGGUAGUAAUGAUAGUAUCCAGGACUCUGGGUGUGCAGACCAUGGAUGGUCCUCUCAAACUGAAGAACUGUCUUUUGAUUUGUUGUUUGAUGAUGAGGUUAAGGCUGGUCCCUCCAGCUCCCUCAGCCCAGUAAGCCAACAAUGUGACCAUGAGCAUGUAAGCCCUUCCUCUUCCUUCUCCGGUUCCAGUGCUGGUAAGCCUGAGAACACGACAAGAGACAAACAAGCACUGAGCAGUAAUCAGCCUGUAAAGAGAAAGUCUCACAGUCCCUUUAAUACAAGCAGUCCAACCAAAUAUUCAAAGCUCGUGUGAAGAUUUCUAAAAUCAGAUCUCUGUGUUUUCAAUGUGGUUAUGACAAGUUGUACAACUGCAUAUUGCUAGAAACCGUAUAUCCAUAUUUUGCUUCAGAAGAUAUGUAUGAUUAUCUUGCAAGGAUGUAAUUUACCGUCUUGUUGUUUUUCUGCUGUGACGUAUGAAUUCAUGUAAACUAGGAUGGGUAGCCAGGUAGCUAUUUUUGAAAUGAACUUGUUGGAUUCAGUAGCAGUAAUCUUGAAGGCUAGCAUUUAUAGACUAGAAAAUGUCUGUAGUGAAAAUAAAAACAAACUUUUAACUGUAGUGCAUCAUGUGUGGUAUGAAGACAUUUUUCAAAUAAGUUUCAUUUUCUGUUUGUCUUUUUCAGAUACUCACCAAAUGUGAUGUUCAUGGUCAUCUUUUUUUAUGAUAGGCAAUACUCACAGAUGUUUAAGACUGUCAUGAAAAGCUGAUAUAUACAUUAAAAGUUCGGAAAUAAAGUAAUGCAAUAAAA